AUGAGAACCCCCCCUGGAACUCCACGGGAGGGGGUACAAGAUGGUAAGCCUACUGUUUCCAUGACAACCUGUAAUGCUGAACCACCUGAGGAUUACUCGUUACGAACUAUCCCUGUAUGGAUUAAAGCUAACGGAAAGAAAUUUAAGGUUAAUGCAAUUCUCGACGACGCUUCAAAUGAGACAUUCCUCAACCAAGACGUUGCUGGAGUACUAGGAAUCCAGGAGCCAUUUGAGAAAGCGAAAGUUCAUGUACUCAACGAUUCUGAAGACACUUUCGAAUCAAUGCCAGCUACCGUAAUGAUUGAAAGUGUGGAUGGCCAGUUUAGCAAAGAAGUUCGAGUGAGAACGUGUCCAAGAAACGUAACUGCGAACUACCGCGUAAAGAAUUGGUCGAAGCAGCAAAGUCGAUGGCCACAUCUGGGUCCCCGUAGUUUUCCCAAGCCGGCGGGCGAUGGUACCGUAGAUAUGCUUAUAUAG